AUGCACAAGUUCGCACUAAUAUUCUGUCCAUAGAUCCAUUACCAUCACUUGACCGUGCUUAUCAAAUGGUCCUUCAAGAAGAGACAAUUCGCUCAACUAAAGUCCCCGAAGACAAGUCACCAGAAGUUAUGAGUUUUGCUGUCAAUACCGGUUCUGGCAAGGGUCAUGGUCGCUUUGAUAAACCAGACAAAUCUCAUCUCUCUUGUACUCACUGCAAGAAAUCUGGCCAUGACGUAUCUCAAUGCUUCGAAAUACAUGGCUAUCCAGAUUGGUAUGAGAAUCGUGGCAACAACGCGCGUGGAGAACGCGGUGGACGGGGUAGAGGUGUUCCCCGUGCCAAUGCCACUUUAACCAAAAAGCCCACUGACAGCUGUGGAGUUCCCUCAUCUCAUUUAUUCUCACCGGACCAAUGGAAGGCAUUAACAGGGCUAAUUAGUGGUACAAAGGUUUCUGAUGAUCAAUUGACUGGACUAAUCGAGGGAGCUGAUUGGAACGGGUGUUAGACAGGAUGGACUUUACUACUUCAAGGGAACCGAAUCAGUGCAAC